AUGGGUAAAAUUGGUAGGAGUAAAAAGUCGGGAGGGUCAGGGUUAGAGGUGGUUGGGGUUAUUGGCAGUAGGGUGUCGGGAGGGUCAGGGUUAGAGGUGGUUGGGGUUAUUGGCAGUAGGGUGUCGGGAGGGUCAGGGUUAGAGGUGGUUGGGGUUAUUGGCAGUAGGGUGUCGGGAGGGUCAGGGUUAGAGGUGGUUGAGGUUAUUGGCAGUGGGGUGUCGGGAAGGGCAGGUUUAAAACGGCAAAAACAAAAGGGGUUGUUAGGGUUAGGGUUAGGGUUAGGGUUAGGGUUAGGGUUAGGGUUAGGGUUAGGGUUAGGGUUAGGGUUAGGGUUAGGGUUAGGGUUAGGGUUAGGGUUAGGGUUAGGGUUAGGGUUAGGGUUAGGACUUCAUAAUGCUCUCGCACUUCAUACGGUCGUAGUUGAAGAUUAUAGCCGGUAA